GCUUUAUAAUUAAAUAAACAAACACAAUCAUCAAUGACUUAUUAAUGAUUUCAUUGUUUACAUUUUUUUAGGAUGGUGAAAACAUUCUGGACUCGUUGACCGGUCUGCCUCAUCCGGACGAUGUGUUGAUGUUCGCGGUGCCGGUUUGUGCUCCUUACAUGGCGCUCUCCAACUACAAGUACAAAGUGAAAUUAACUCCAGGCACUCAGAAAAAGGGGAAAGCGGCCCGCACCGCCGUGCUGAGCUUCAUGCGCGGGAAAGACGCCAGCGCUCGAGAGAAGGAUCUCUUCAGGAGCAUAAAGGACACUGAUCUGUCCAGAAACAUGCCUGGUAAAGUCAAGGUUUCUGCACCAAACCUGUUAGCAGCAAAGAAGAAGUGAAGCUGUGGCUGCUGGAUGAUUUCGGCUGAGAGGCACUGAGCACAUCCCACAAUGCUUUCAGUCGCCUUCUGGAAGACUGAAUAUUUACAUUAUAUUGUAUACCAGAGAACAGUUUAAGCUUCAAGUUUGUUGGUUUUUUCCCUCAUCAAUUAAUUGCAUUUAAUAAUAAAUAAA